AGCGCCGCGCAGCCCGCUCCCUCACACAAAGCCCAGACGCGGAGAAAAUGGCGGCAGGGGUCGAAGCGGCGGCAGAGGUGGCGGCGACGGAGCCCAAAAUGGAGGAGGAGAGUGGCGCGCCCGGCGUGCCGAGCGGCAACGGGGCUCCGGGCCCGAAGGGUGAAGGAGAACGACCCACUCAGAAUGAAAAGAGAAAGGAGAAAAACAUAAAAAGAGGAGGCAAUCGCUUUGAGCCAUAUGCCAAUCCAACAAAAAGAUACAGAGCCUUCAUCACAAACAUACCUUUUGAUGUGAAAUGGCAGUCACUUAAAGACCUGGUUAAAGAAAAAGUUGGUGAGGUAACAUACGUGGAGCUCUUAAUGGACGCUGAAGGAAAGUCAAGGGGAUGUGCCGUUGUUGAAUUCAAGAUGGAAGAGAGUAUGAAAAAGGCUGCUGAAGUUCUAAACAAGCAUAGUCUGAGUGGAAGACCACUGAAAGUCAAAGAAGAUCCUGAUGGUGAACAUGCCAGGAGAGCAAUGCAAAAGGCUGGAAGACUUGGAAGCACAGUAUUUGUAGCAAAUCUGGAUUAUAAAGUUGGCUGGAAGAAACUGAAGGAAGUUUUUAGUAUGGCUGGUGUGGUGGUCCGAGCAGACAUUCUGGAGGAUAAAGAUGGGAAAAGUCGUGGAAUAGGCACUGUGACUUUUGAACAGUCCAUUGAAGCUGUGCAAGCUAUAUCUAUGUUUAACGGCCAAUUGCUGUUUGAUAGACCAAUGCAUGUCAAAAUGGAUGAGAGGGCCUUACCAAAGGGAGACUUUUUCCCUCCCGAACGUCCACAGCAACUUCCCCAUGGACUUGGUGGUAUUGGCAUGGGGUUAGGACCAGGAGGGCAGCCUAUUGAUGCCAAUCACCUGAACAAAGGCAUUGGAAUGGGAAACAUAGGGCCUGCAGGAAUGGGAAUGGAAGGCAUAGGAUUUGGAAUAAAUAAAAUGGGAGGCAUGGAGGGACCCUUUGGUGGUGGUAUGGAAAACAUGGGGCGAUUUGGAUCUGGGAUGAACAUGGGCCGAAUAAAUGAAAUCCUAAGUAAUGCACUGAAGAGAGGAGAGAUCAUUGCAAAGCAGGGAGGAGGUGGAGGUGGAGGCAGCGUCCCUGGGAUCGAAAGGAUGGGCCCUGGCAUUGACCGCAUUGGGGGUGCUGGCAUGGAGCGCAUGGGCGCAGGCCUGGGCCAUGGCAUGGAUCGAGUGGGCUCCGAGAUCGAGCGCAUGGGCCUGGUCAUGGACCGCAUGGGCUCCGUCGAGCGCAUGGGCUCCGGCAUCGAGCGUAUGGGCCCACUGGGCCUCGACCACAUGGCCUCCAGCAUCGAGCGCAUGGGCCAGACCAUGGAGCGCAUUGGCUCUGGUGUUGAGCGCAUGGGUGCCGGCAUGGGUUUCGGCCUGGAGCGCAUGGCCGCGCCCAUCGACCGUGUGGGCCAAACAAUAGAGCGCAUGGGCUCUGGUGUAGAGCGGAUGGGCCCUGCCAUCGAGCGCAUGGGCCUGAGCAUGGAGCGCAUGGUGCCCGCAGGUAUGGGGGCCGGCCUGGAGCGCAUGGGCCCUGUGAUGGAUCGCAUGGCCACCGGCCUGGAGCGAAUGGGCGCCAACAACCUGGAGCGUAUGGGCCUGGAGCGCAUGGGAGCCAACAGUCUGGAGCGCAUGGGCCUGGAGAGAAUGGGCGCCAACAGCCUGGAGCGCAUGGGCCCAGCCAUGGGUCCAGCCCUGGGCGCUGGCAUUGAGCGCAUGGGCCUGGCCAUGGGUGGUGGCGGUGGUGCCAGCUUCGACCGCGCCAUUGAGAUGGAACGUGGCAACUUUGGAGGAAGCUUCGCAGGUUCCUUUGGUGGAGCUGGAGGCCAUGCUCCUGGGGUGGCCAGAAAGGCCUGCCAGAUAUUUGUGAGAAAUCUCCCAUUUGAUUUUACAUGGAAGAUGCUAAAGGACAAAUUCAACGAAUGUGGCCACGUGCUGUACGCCGACAUCAAGAUGGAGAACGGGAAGUCCAAGGGGUGCGGUGUGGUUAAGUUUGAGUCGCCAGAGGUGGCUGAGAGAGCCUGCCGGAUGAUGAAUGGCAUGAAGCUGAGUGGCCGAGAGAUUGAUGUUCGAAUCGAUAGAAAUGCUUAAGCAGUUGCCUUUUUUAAACAUCAAUACCAGACCUCUGAAUUUGUAUUUUUUCUUGUUAACCAUUUUAAUUUGUUGGCUGGAUGUAUAAAGAUGUUUAAAAAAUUCAGUUGCUUUUUGGGGUAAUUUGAAUUACUUUUUUAAUGACUGGGGUUCCAUUUGACUGUUUGCAUUGAGAUUGCAAUGUGCGCAAUUUUUUUUGUAGUUGUGGCAUCUUGUUGACAUCGAAUAUGACUUUGAUAAUAAAUACCAGUUCCUGAAAGUGG